CUGUCCCCCACCAGGAGCUCAGUCUCAGUGACUGGUGCAAGGCCCUCAGGCUAGUCCCCACUAAAGGGUGCAGUGACCACAGGUGUCCUGGGGAAUUCAGGAGCACUGUGAGGGCCCCGUGGUGAGUCUGCUCCAAGCUCCUGGGGAAGAGAAUGGGAGGGAAGCAGGAAAAGGGAGAGCACAGGCCCUUACAGACACAUCUUACUCCGGACAUUUGACAUGGAUGCCUAGAAGGGAUGAGCAGAAAGCGGGGUGCGGGGUAGGAAGGCGCCCCCUAACGCUGGGGUCAGCGGCGGCCAGUGCCCGCCUGGGAGUAACUGCAUUUCGCCACCAGACCGCGAUGCGGUCGGAGGCAUGAAAGCCUUGGAAAGCCUUGGAGGAAAGUCCUCGGUCGCGAUCCUGGGAGGAGAGGACAACACUUCCAGUAGAGCGCUCUUUCAAGCGUUGGCCUGGAGCCACCUGGAUAGAUGGGGGCGCGUCAAAACCCCUGGUGCUCGUGGGCGCCCGGGGCUGCGGUCGGACACGACGGCGAGAGGCCGGGGUCACCGGGGCGCAGCACCCUGCUGACCGCGUGCGCCCACCCCCAGCAUGGAGCCCCGCGCUGCCGCUGCCCGCGAGCUGCUCCUGGGCGCACUGGAAGACCUGAGCCAAGAGCAGCUGAAGCGCUUCCGCCACAAACUGCGGGACGAGCGGGUGGAUGGUCGCAGCAUCCCGUGGGGGCGGCUGGAGGGCGCGGACACCUUGGACCUCGUGGAGCAGCUGGUCCACUUCUACGGGCCGGAACGCGCGCUGGACGUGGCCAAGAAAACCCUGAAGAGGGCAGACGUGCGCGACGUGGCGGCGCGGCUCAAGGAGCGCCGGCUGCAGAGUCUCGGCCCCAGCUCCCCGGCGCUGCUCUCCGUCUCCGAGUACAAGAAGAAGUACCGGGAGCACGUGCUGCGGCAGCACGCCAAGGUGAAGGAGCGGGACGCUCGCUCAGUGAAGAUCAACAAGCGCUUCACCAAGCUGCUCAUCGCCGAGGAGCCGGAGGCCGAGCGCGCCCGGCGCUCAGACACCCACACCUUCAACCGCCUGUUCGGCCGCGACGAGGAGGGCGAGAGACGGCUGACCGUGGUGCUGCAGGGCCCUGCGGGCAUCGGCAAGACCAUGGCGGCCAGGAAAAUCCUGUAUGACUGGGCGGCGGGCAAGCUGUACCAUACUCAGGUGGACUUUGCCUUCUUCCUGUCUUGCCGCGAGCUGCUGGAGCGACCGGGCACGUGCAGCCUGGCGGACCUGAUCCUAGACCAGUGCCCCGACCGCGAGGCGCCGGUGCAGCAGAUGCUGGCGCAGUCCGAGAGGCUGCUGUUCAUCCUGGACGGCGCAGACGAAAUGCUGACACCGGAGCCGGCCGAGGCCGCGCCCUGCAGAGACCCCCACGAGGCAGCGAGCGGCGCGCGGGUGCUGGGGAGCCUGCUGAGCAAGGAGCUGCUGCCCGCGGCGCGCCUGCUAGUGACCAGGCGAGGCACCGCCCCCGGGAGGCUGCAGGCCCGCCUGUGCUCACCGCAGUGCGCCGAGGUGUGUGGCUUCUCAGACAAGGACAGGAAGAAGUACUUCUACAAGUUUUUCCAGGACGAGUGGAAGGCGGAGCACGCCUACCGCUGCGUGAAGGAGAACGAGAUGCUCUUCUCUCUGUGCUUCGUGCCCGCCGUGUGCUGGAUCGUCUGCACCGUUCUGCGCCAGCAGCUCCAGCGCGGCCAGGACCUGUGGCGCACUUCCAAGACCACCACGGCCGUGUACUUGCUCUUCGUGGCCAGCGUCCUGAGAUCGGCGCCCGAGGCCGACGGGGCCCAGCUGCAGAGAGAGCUGCGCAAGCUGUGCCGCCUGGCCUGUGACGGCGUCCUCGGGGGCAGGACGCAGUUCUCGGAGGAGGACCUGGAACGCCUGCAGCUCUGCGGCUCCAAGGUCCAGACGCAGUUUCUCAGCAAGAAGGAGAUGCCAGGCGUGCUGGAAACAGAGGUCACCUACCAGUUCAUUGACCAGAGCUUCCAGGAAUUCUUAGCUGCUCUGUCCUACCUGCUGGAGGACGACGGGGCUCCCAGGGCACCUGCUGGCGGCAUAGAGGCACUUCUGCAGGGGGACCCGGAGCUGCGCGGCCACCUCAACCUCACUACACGCUUCCUCUUUGGACUACUGAACACAGAGAGGAUGUGCGAGAUCAAGCGCCACUUCGGCUGCACAGUUUCAGAGCGCGUGAAGCAGCGUGUCCUGAGAUGGGUGCAGGACCAGGGCCAGGGUCACCCCAGGGCGGCGCCAGAGGGGACGGAGGAGAUCCUGGCACCCCAGGACACUGAGGAGUCAGAGGAGGAGGAGGGCGAGCAGCUCAACUACCCGCUGGAGCUGCUCUACUGCCUGCACGAGACACAGGAAGACUCGUUUGUGCACCAGGCCCUCCGCGGCCUCCCUGAGCUGGUGCUGGAGCGAGUACACUUCAGCAGAAUGGACCUGGCCGUCCUGAGCUACUGUGUGCGGUGCUGCCCGGCAGGGCAGGCGCUGCGGCUGGUCAGCUGCAGACUGGCCACUGCGCAGGAGAAGAAAAAGAAGAGCCUGAUGAAACGUCUACAGGGCAGCCUGGGUGGCAGCUCCUCUCGAGCCACCACAAGAAAAUCCCCAGGCUCCCCCCUGCGCCCACUCCGUGAGGCCAUGACCGACCGGCAGUGUGGUCUGAACAGCCUGACGCUGUCCCGCUGCAAACUCCCCGAUUCGGUCUGCAGAGAUCUCUCUGAGGCCCUGAGGGAGGCCCCGGCCCUGGCAGAGCUGGGCCUCUUCCACAAUGGGCUCAGCGAGGCCGGCCUGCGUGUGCUGAGCGAGGGCCUGGCCUCGCCCCAGUGCCGGGUGCAGACACUCAGGGUUCAGCAGCCAGGCCUGCAGGAAGCACUCCAGUACAUGGUUGGCCAGCUCCAGCAGAUCCCAGCACUGACCACCCUGGAUCUCAGUGGCUGCCAGCUGUCAGGACCUACGGUGACCUGCUUGUGCACCACCCUUAAGUGCCCAGGAUGCCGCCUGCAAACCCUCAGGCUGACCUCUGUGGAGCUGAGCGAGCAGUCCCUGCAGGAGCUGCGAGCUGUGGAGACGGCAAACCCAAGACUAGUCAUCACACACUCAGCGCUGGACGCCCAUCCCAAGCCCCCCGAAGUGUCCAUCAGUGCCCUUUGA